CUGCGUUGGAAGGUCUUGACCUGUCUGCCUCCACAAGCACCAUUGGGGAUACCCGUUCCAUCGGUGAUACUUCUGAUAUUCUGUCCCCCGCUUCUGCAUGGGUAUCGAGCCCUCCAGCAGCCUCGACACUCGGGCACUCCGAUUCCCUUCGUAGUAGUCACCCUGCUAACGCCACCUCCCCAGCGAUUACCAACCCGAACAGUAACUCGUCACCAGCUACAAACGCGGCGACGGACGCAGCUGCCACUUCCGCAAAUGCUCAAGCAGUGAAUGACAUGCGGGACUUCAAUCCCUACGAGGAUCAACAUGGCCCGUUGCCCCCUGGAUGGGAACGCCUUGGUCGCACUUACUAUGCCGAUCACAAUACACGAACUACGACAUGGGAGAGACCCUCUAACAACCAGACGGCGAACAUUCAAGCGCAGCAGGAUACUCAUACUGCCAUCCCGGAGGAUGACCUUUUGGGGACUGCAAGCGGUUCACGUUCGGGAGGUGCCAAUCCUGCAACUGGUGAUGCCACCGCUGUUGUAGGUGCAAAUGAUCCGCAGACAGCCGCCGGAAGUGGGCCUCUGCCCGUUGGAUGGGAAGAAAGGCAUACACUUGAAGGUCGCCCUUACUAUGUUGACCACAACACACGGACGACUACUUGGGUGGAUCCUCGUCGUCAGGCACUUGUAGUAACAAAAAAGCUCAGAUUUCGCGCGUCCACGGAGCGACAACGAACUGGGUAAGAGUCUGACCGUGGCCGCAGCUUGCGCAUGCAUAAAUUCAUAGGACACGUAGCCUACACCAAUUCAACAGGUUACAAGCUUGGCGUGGUCAACUCUUCGGCGCUAACCCCAGAUAGCCUCCACGCGGCGAUGGUACACAUACAAGCGGGGACUCGCUGCCGCCUUCUUCCUGACCCUUUAUAUAUCUCCCCAAUCGCCUCAUCCCGCAACCCAACCCCUCCACGACUUUCUCUCGGCGCUUCUUCUCGUCAGGGUUUAUACGCCUUUUCGUGGAAUGAUCCGGAGGUUCUAAGUACCUCUUCCGCAAGAGUCUUGGCUCCCCGUUGAGAGGAGCACAGCGCCGGCCAAACAUCCAAAUGGGUAUUACGCUACACCCGUUAUAUAAUUGCGUCGGCGGCCGGGUCAUGUCAAUCCUUCAGUCGCCAUAGCAUGGCCGCGCGCGCCAAUGGUCGUUCAAUCAUGAAGCUUCAACCGAUUUAACUUUUGCGCUUGG